AUGUCUGAACCCUCAUCCGAUAGCAUUCAUCACGCUAAUGAAGAGCAACCAGGAUCAUCUGCAACAACAGACAAAGAACAAAACACAAAUGAACAGCCAACAUCUUCCGAAGUGAAUAAUAGUACAAGCUCACCAUCACAACCCAAUGCACAGGAUGAUGAAGACGAUAACUCGGAAGAGUUUGCUCUUCUUGUUCAAAAAGCGGAGGAGUUCAAGGUGGAAGGUAACAAGUGCUUCACAAAUGCAGCCUAUGACAAGGCCAUUGACUUCUAUAAUGAAACUCUCAAGAUUUGGUUCGUUUACUUGGAUAAAGAAGAUGAGCUAAAAGUCAGAACAGAGGACGUAAAAAAACUUACAAACAUUGUAGUAGAUACAUACAAUAAUGCAGCUGUCACAUUAAUGAAACUCAAUAAUUUUGUGAAUGCAUACAAAGCAGCAGCAAUGGCCAAUCGAUUUAUGCCAAAUGCAAAAUCCUACUAUUUACAAGGAAAAUGUUUAUUCUCAUUAGGUCAGGCAUUUCAAGCCAAAUCUUUCUUGGAGCAAUGUUUAGAGCUCCAACCUAACAAUAAGGAAGCUCGUGAUUUGUUGGACGAGUGUGCAGAUGCUGAACCACCAUUUUUGGAUUAUGGAAUGCCGUUUGGAGGAAUGGGUGCUUUCUCAGCAGCAUUACGUCAGAAACAACAAGAAGAGGAAGAGAUGAAAAAAGCUAUGGAGGAAUCUCUCAGGAUCUUUGAAGAAGAACAACGAAAACGAGAUUCAGAACAAAAAAAGGCAGACGAAGAACAAGAAAAAAUAAGGCAAGCCUUUGAACUGCAACAACAGGAAUUGAAAAAGAAGCAAGAAGAAGAAGAAAAGAGAAGAUUACAAGAAGAAGAAGAAGUUGAAUUUGAUAUUGAAAUUGAACAUGAGGAUGGUGAAGUUGAAGAGGAUGAGGUGUCACUGACUGAAAGUGAAAUUGAGGAACAAAUGAGGUUGUUGGAAUUGGAAGAAAAAGGUCAAUUGCCUGCUGAGGAAGAGUAG